AUUCGUGAGAGACUGAGAGUACAGUUUAUAUACUCUCUCCAUCGCUUUUUUCUAGUACAAACAAUUGGUAUUUUAGCUCUAGUCUUCAAAAGCGAGAGCGAGACCGGGCAUGGCCACUGCAGCUGUUGGGCCUAUUGGGCCGGUUUUGUGAUGUGGAAUCGCCGAAUCGGUAGCAAUUCUCUCGUCUGCAACCCGCUGCGUAACGGCGACCGGCGUGUGAGUGCCGUGAGCACCCGAGCCCGUCCCCCCUCCGGCAUCCCCCACCUGCAGCCGGUGAGCUGCUGUGAGCCUAUCCAGUGGCGAUUCCAUUCCUCUCCGUGUGGACGCAAGGACUCAGUGAACCACUUCCAGAUACUCGCUGCUUCUCCCGUGCCCAUGGCUACACCACUUAUAGCAGGACUUGCAGUUGCAGCAGCUGCCCUUGCCGGUAGAUAUAGCAUCCAAGCUUGGAAUGCUUAUAAGGCCCGGCCCGUAGUUCCAAGGAUGCGCAAAUUCUAUGAAGGUGGUUUCCAACCUACGAUGACACGAAGGGAAGCUGCUUUAAUCCUUGGUGUCAGGGAAACUGCCAGUGCAGAGAAGGUCAAAGAAGCACACAAGAGAGUGAUGGUGGCCAAUCAUCCAGAUGCGGGUGGAAGUCAUUACCUUGCUUCAAAGAUUAACGAGGCAAAGGAUGUAAUGACAGGGAAAACAAAAGGGGGUGGGUCUGCCUUUUGAUCGGUACACGGACAACGUGUUCUUCCACUGAAAGAGCAAUUUUGUGUCUCCAGACUCGCAUUAGAAGAUAUGCCGAAAUCUUUGUGUGUUUUAUGAAAAUUUGUGGACAAAAAAAAAAGUAGUGGACCUUUAUGGAGCAGGCAAUUCGUUGCUUAGUAAAGCUCGGCUCAGUUGUGCUUGUGCCCGAAUCAAUUGGACAUUGUUGCUAAUUGAGUCCCCUGUCCUUUGUUUUUCCUUUUUUUUCAUUGAUAUCCUGAAAUUCACCAACACAAAGUAUCAUGAACUGCCUUUUAUUGAUAAAUUCUGUAUCUGUUUUGACCAA